AUGCCAGCGGAUGCGUUGUCAGCGACGCGAUGUGCGUUAGUCCCGCUCUAUUCAGUAGAGCUUCACUGCGAGCAAUGUAGGGCUUCCAGCGCCGCUGAAAGACGAUCUGCUGCUGUUCCGACGCACGAUAGCGUAUCGUCGCCGAGUUCCGCCAGCAGUGAGCGCCGUUGCAAGCUCUGCGGAGGCCGAGAUGUGGCAGGCUCUCCUUCGACCAACGAAAGCGUACGGGUGAUGGCGCGGCUGGACCCGCGGCGCGCGCUCAGCGCGGGCGACCAGGCGCUGCGAGCGGCCGCGUCGGCGGACGCGUGCGGCGAAGUCUACAAGGGCAGCACCUUCGGCCGACCGUUCUUCCGGGAGGGCUUCGUGCCGGCGGACGACUGCCGGCGCGCCGACAAGCCGCCGCUGCACGAGCUCCUGACGGCGCUGCUGCUGGCGCCGCCGCCCGCCGCCCCGCCCGACGCCCCGCCCGACGCCCCGCCCGACGCCCCGCUCGCCGCCCUGCGCGGCCAGCACCCGCGCUUGCGCGCCGUCGCCGCCGUCGCCCGCGGCCGCGCACCGCCCGCGCACCCGCUGACGGCGACCGUGGCGGCGGCGGAGCGCGAGUGGGCGGCGCCGGGCGCGCUGCUCAACCGGCUGGUGGCGCUGGUGCGGACGCCCUACGUGCUGGUGGCGCGCGACGCCGUGCGUGUGGACGAGCUGGCGCGCCUCGAGCGCCUCAUCUACGUCGUCUCCGUGCUCGGGGCGAACGCCAGCGCCAGCGCCAGCGCCAGCGCUCGCCGCAGCAACGCCAGUACGGCACCGCUCGCUGCUCUGUAG